AUGGGCCCGAUUUCUGGCAGGAUACGACCCGUCCGGGUGGUAUCAGUGGGCAAGCAGGCCACUGGUCUGUACCGAAGAUACCUCUUUACGUCCCCUGCGCGACUCAAUGGCCAGCAAGCGAGCCCUAUAACCCUCCGAUGCGCGCAGAUAUUUGAGCAAUCGAAGACAACCGCGGGACCAGGCCCGCUAGAUAACAAAAAAGUGCGUGUGCAGGGCCAUGUCAGGUUCCUAAGGAAGCAGAAACGCUUUGCAUUCGCCCAUAUAUCCGACGGGUCGUCUCUGCAGUCGAUCCAAGUAGUCUUGACACCAGAGCAAGCAACCAACUUAACUCAGGGCGCUGCAGUUGAAAUUUCGGGGAUAUGGCAACCAUGCCCCCCAGGUAAACAGCAGUCUCACGAGCUUCAGGCGACGGAAAUUAACAUAGUGGGAGAAGCUGAUCCUGCAACAUAUCCUAUACAGAAAAAAUUCCAUACCCCAGAUUUUCUUCGACAGCUACCACACCUACGCCUACGCACGCCUUUCAACUCCCUUCUAUCGCGCCUAAGGUCUGAGUUUAUAUACCAAGCGACCCAAGAGUUCCGUUCGCAUCAUAACCGUAACUUCGUUCAAGUUCAGCCACCGCUAGUAACAUCAUCAGACUGUGAAGGAGCAGGAGAGGUGUUCACACUUAAGCCGCGUGACGCUGUUACCGAAGCCGGAGAGACGGUUGACUUUUUUAGGUCGCCUAAGUACCUUACCGUUUCUUCGCAAUUACAUCUCGAAGCCUAUGCGGCAGAGUUAGGCAAUGUAUGGACACUCUCUCCUACCUUCAGGGCGGAGAAGAGCGAUACGCCACGUCAUUUGAGCGAGUUCUAUAUGCUUGAAGUGGAAAUGAGCUAUCUGGACUCCCUGGAAUCGCUCACUGGCUUUGUGGAAACCCUUAUCAGGAAUAUGACGCAGAGGGUUUAUAACACCCCGGUAGCCCAGGAACUCUUUGGCUUUCGAGAAACCGAUGAUCCUACAAAGGAUACUAUCCAUGCGGACCUUGAAAAAAGGUGGAAGGCUUUGAUGGAAGGUCCCAGUUGGCCUCGCAUUACCUACUCCAAAGCUAUUGACCAUCUCCAGGAUGCCGUCGCUGCCGGUCAAGCAAAAUUUGAAUUCUCUCCGUCCUGGACUGGUGGCCUUCAGUUAGAACAUGAAAAGUUUCUUGUGGACACAAUUGGAAAAGGCUUCCCUGUCUUUGUCACAGAUUAUCCCAAGGCUGUCAAACCAUUCUAUAUGGCGCCUUCUAACACCCCGUCCAGCGAAAACAAAGAGACAGUCGCAUGCUUUGACCUCCUUUUACCCGAGAUAUGUGAAGUUGUUGGCGGAUCACUACGUGAGCAUAGACUUUCACCGCUCAUCCAAAACAUGCGCGACCACGGGUUGCUAAAACUGCGAGAUCCGACGCCUGAUUCAUCUCUUCGCGUUGAUGCCAAGGUGACCUAUCCGCAUCUCCUCGCUAACGAGGAGUUGGGCUCUACUCAGUGGUACGCGGACCUACGAAGGUGGGGGACCGUACCACAUGGCGGAUUUGGACUUGGCUUUGAUCGCUUCAUCGGAUAUUUGGCUGGCGUAUCCAGUCUAAGAGACCUUGUGCCAUUCCCUAGGCAUUUUGGAAGAGCGGAUUGCUAA